AAGCACUCUGGAGGGCGGUCCGCGCGCGCGAGCUAGCCACGCGGGGUAGGAGCGCCCAGUUGCCGCCGUCAGCGCCCUGGAGUUGGGCCCUCCAGAGGCUCUCUUGGAGUCCCUUGUCCUUCCCGAAUCUUCCUCUCCCACCCCUUUCUGGAUACCCUCGACACCCACGUUGCUCUUCAGGGUCCCUCGCGCCCUUUCCCGCCCCCCCCCCAACGCGGGGAGCCGCCCCUGCCACCCAAGUCCCUGCUCAAGCCCACCCAGGCUCCCGCGCGUGGCCAGAGCCAUGGCUGCGGUGCGCACCGCACCCCUGUUCUGCGGCCUCCUGGCACUGCUAGCGCUGUACCCCGGGGGGAGCCCACAGACGGUGCUGACUGACGAUGAGAUCGAGGAGUUCCUCGAAGGCUUCCUUUCGGAGCUGGAGACCCAGUCCCCGUCCCGGGAAGACGACGUGGAAGCCCAGCCACUUCCUGAGCCCACCCAGCGUGCCCACAAAUCCAAGGCAGGGGGCAAGCUGCGGGCAGAUGCAGAAGCCCCUGCAGAAAAGAACAAAGAUAGAGGGAAGAAAGGAAAGAAAGACAAAGGCCUUAAAGACAAAGGCCUUAAAGACAAAGGCCCCAAGGCUACAAAACAGCACCUGGAGGGGUCCACCAGGCCCACCAAGAAGCCCAAGGAGAAGCCACCCAAGGCCACCAAGAAGCCCAAGGAGAAGCCACCCAAGGCCACCAAGAAACCCAAGGAGAAGCCACCCAAGGCCACCAAGAAGCCCAAGGAGAAGCCACCCAAGGCCACCAAGAGGCCUACAGCAGGGAAGAGGCUCUCAACUGUAGCCUCCUUACAAACACUGGAGGGGACAUUUCCCCCACCCUCCAACACCAGCCCCAAGGAGCUACCAGAGGAGAGAGGAAGAACCUUCCCAGACACGUGGCAAGGCCAAGGAGAAGAGACCCAGGUGGAGGCCAAGGAGCCCCAGCCAGAGCCAGAGGAGGAGACCGAGGCGCCCACACUGGACUACAAUGACCAGAUAGAGCGGGAGGAUUAUGAAGACUUUGAAUACAUCCGGCGCCAGAAACAGCCCAGACCGACAACCAGCAGGAAGAGGCUCUGGCCAGAGCGCCCCAAGGAGAAGGCCGAAGAACCAGAAGAAAGGAAGGAAAUCGAUCCACCUCUGACGCCCCUAGUGCCCCCUGACUAUGAGGAUGGCUAUGUGAUCCCCAACUAUGAUGACUUGGACUAUUACUUCCCCCACCCUCCACCACAGAAGCCUGAUGUUGGACAAGGGGUGGAUGAAGAGAAAGAGGAGAUGAAGAAACCCAAAAAGGAGGGCAGUAGCCCCAAGGAAGACACUGAGGACAAGUGGGCUGCGGAGAGAAACAAGGAUCACAAAGCAGGGCCCUCGAAGGAACUGGAGGAAGAGUGGGCUCCAGUGGAGAAAAUCAAGUGCCCACCUAUUGGGAUGGAGUCACACCGCAUUGAGGACAACCAGAUCCGUGCCUCCUCCAUGCUGCGCCAUGGCCUGGGAGCUCAGCGGGGCCGGCUCAACAUGCAGGCCGGUACCAACGAAGAUGACUACUAUGAUGGGGCGUGGUGUGCUGAGGACGAGUCCCAGACGCAGUGGAUCGAGGUGGACACCAGAAGGACGACACGGUUCACAGGCGUCAUUACCCAGGGCCGAGACUCCAGCAUCCAUGACGACUUCGUGACCACCUUCUUCGUGGGCUUCAGCAACGACAGCCAGACCUGGGCGGUGUACACCAAUGGCUAUGAGGAGAUGACCUUCUAUGGGAACGUGGACAAGGACACACCUGUGUUGAGUGAACUCCCUGAACCGGUUGUGGCCCGUUUCAUCCGCAUCUAUCCGCUCACCUGGAACGGUAGCCUCUGCAUGCGCCUGGAGGUGCUAGGCUGCCCUAUGACCCCUGUCCACAGCUACUAUGCACAGAAUGAGGUGGUGACCACCGAUAGCCUGGACUUCCGGCAUCACAGCUACAAGGACAUGCGCCAGCUGAUGAAGGUCGUGAAUGAGGAGUGCCCUACAAUCACCCGCACAUACAGCCUGGGCAAGAGUUCACGGGGGCUCAAGAUCUAUGCGAUGGAGAUCUCAGACAACCCUGGGGAGCAUGAGCUGGGGGAGCCCGAGUUCCGUUACACGGCCGGGAUCCACGGCAAUGAGGUGCUAGGCCGAGAGCUCCUGUUACUGCUCAUGCAGUACCUGUGCCACGAGUACCGUGACGGGAACCCCAGAGUGCGCAACCUGGUGCAGGACACGCGCAUCCACCUGGUGCCUUCGCUGAACCCCGACGGCUAUGAGGUGGCAGCGCAGAUGGGCUCAGAGUUUGGGAACUGGGCCCUGGGGCUGUGGUCUGAGGAGGGCUUUGACAUCUUUGAGGACUUCCCGGAUCUCAACUCCGUGCUCUGGGCAGCCGAGGAGAAGAAAUGGGUCCCCUAUAGGGUCCCGAACAAUAACCUGCCAAUCCCUGAACGCUACCUGUCCCCAGAUGCCACGGUAUCCACAGAAGUCCGGGCCAUCAUUGCCUGGAUGGAGAAGACCCCCUUUGUGCUGGGUGCAAAUCUGAAUGGCGGCGAGCGGCUUGUGUCUUACCCCUAUGACAUGGCGCGGACACCCAGCCCGGAGCAGCUGCUGGCCGAAGCAAUGGCAGCUGCCCGUGGAGAAGAUGACGACGAGGCAUCCGAGGCCCAGGAGACUCCUGAUCAUGCUAUUUUCCGCUGGCUGGCCAUCUCCUUUGCCUCUGCGCAUCUCACCAUGACCGAGCCCUACCGAGGGGGGUGCCAGGCCCAGGACUACACCAGUGGCAUAGGCAUUGUCAACGGGGCCAAAUGGAAUCCUCGGUCUGGGACUAUCAAUGACUUUAGCUACCUGCACACUAACUGCCUGGAGCUCUCUAUCUACCUGGGCUGUGACAAGUUCCCCCAUGAGAGUGAGCUGCCCCGGGAGUGGGAGAACAACAAGGAGGCGUUGCUCACCUUCAUGGAGCAGGUGCACCGUGGCAUUAAGGGUGUGGUGACAGAUGAAGAAGGCAUUCCCAUCGCCAAUGCUACCAUCUCUGUGAGUGGCAUCAACCACGGUGUGAAGACAGCAAGCGGAGGUGACUACUGGCGCAUCCUGAACCCGGGGGAGUACCGUGUGACGGCACACGCAGAGGGCUACACCUCAAGUGCCAAGACCUGCAACGUGGACUAUGAUAUUGGGGCCACCCAGUGCAACUUCAUCCUGGCUCGCUCCAAUUGGAAGCGCAUUCGGGAGAUCCUGGCUAUGAAUGGGAACCGGCCGAUCUUCCGCAUUGACCCCUCACGGCCCAUGACCCCCCAGCAGCGGCGCUUACAGCAGCGCCGCCUUCAGUACCGGCUCCGGAUGAGGGAACAGAUGCGGCUGCGUCGCCUCAAUUCUACCACAGACCCUGCCACGAGCCCCACCCCUGCCUCUACUCCCCCCACUUCCCCUACACCGGGCAUUACCAGGAGGCCCGGGGAAAUUUUACCCACAACCACCGCAGGCUGGGAGGAAUCAGAGACUGAGACCUAUACGGAAAUAGUGACAGAGUUUGCAACAGAGUAUGGGACUGAGCUGGAGGAGGAACAGAUCGGAAUGGAAGAAAUAGAAGAGGAGGAGGAGGAAGAGGAGGAGAUGGCUACGGGCCCCACGUUUCCAUUCACAACCGUGGAGACCUACACAGUGAACUUUGGGGAUUUCUGAGACUGAUGUCCCAAAACCCUGGCCCAGUUGGAACUAAGGCAACACUUCCCAAGCCUGUGCCGGCAGACACACAGCCAUCAGAUAGAUGCCCCUGGUUGGGCCCCCCUUCCCCAGUGUGAGACAUCAAGGCCACGGGGGCUCUGAAGCCAGCCUUUGGGGAGGGGCAGAUAAGGAAACCAAAGUCACCCCAAUAAAACAAGCUCAUGGCACCACCUGCCCCCCUGUUCUGACCAGCUG